UAAUAUAAUGCCGCUCCUGUACGGUCGGUACGUUUACCGUUGGAGAAGAAAAACAUACUCCACCAAAACACGUACCGGCCUCAAGGGAUGUGCGUGCAAUGCGUGGAUAGUGCACGUGUACAUGUACAACGAUGAAAGUUGGCACCCGUGCACUGCACUUAACAGACCGAUGAAAGGGAAGGCUCAAACUGGAACGUUUUUUUGCGGUACAUGUCCGAUCGAUGAUGGUUUCACAUUGUGCAGUUCACUCAUGGUAUGACGACCACACGCAAGGCUGUGCUCAUGGCUGCCUUCAAGUUAGUGUGCAGGCGAGUCAUCAGGCAGCCAUUGAAGAUGUUAUGCCUACUUGUCAUUUUACUCGGCGUCUUGCAUCUGUGUCUCCGCAAGCGUGAGCGGGCAGCGGGGUGGGAACACGCCGCGCACGGCCCGGGGAGCCACGGCCUGCCCGCCGCUGUUGGCGUGGGCCGUGGUAUUGUUGACGAGAUUAGGGUACCCGAUAUGCCGCACGGACGGAGUGAACUGGGAACUUUAACUUCAAAUCAUCCUGCGACACAGCAAGACUGUUCUAAUACGAAAAUGUUUCCAUCCGUGCCGGGAUGCAUCAUUCGCGGUUUGAACUUCAGUCGGAAUGAAAACUCCAAGAAUAUUUUUCAUCUCCAGAAAUUUGGAAGUCUGUCAACCCGCAAAAGCCCUGCUCCUUUCCCGUGGCCAAAGAGAGAGAACUACGCGUCAAACUACUUUCUGACUGUCAACAAUACUCCGACGAAGGCAAACUCAAGCUCAACGCCAACUGACAGUGCACUUGUGUUUCUUCAUCACAACAAAGCAGCCGGCACCACGGCCAAGGAGUGCCUGAGGCAAGUGGUGAAGGCCACUGACCGAGAGCUUGGACACGUCUUGAGCAACGAAGGCCGUCUUAACCUGAUGUCCAACUUCCGGAAACUGCGGCGUCGAGGCAAACGCAUACCGGACACCUUCUUUGGCGGGUAUGCUUUCGGAGUUUGCGACGAGCUGCACAGGCCUUGCUCGUACUUCACGGUUUUACGAGACCCGUAUAAGCGAACCCUCUCAUCCCACUCGUACUGCCAGAAAGCCAGGACGGAUCAACUGUGCACGGCUCUGCGCGCCGAGAAGGUGUCCCUUCGCGAAUGGGCGCUGCAUCAAGGCAGCUUCUUCUUCAGACAGUUGGUCUUCCAUCCCGAGUUCUGCAGCGACCAAACCAAAUGGAUUCCCUUCGUGGACCUGGUGGGGGAACCUCACGAGUUUGACGGCCCGGAGACUCUGGAGGGCGCCACCUGUUGGUUCCGUCAAAAACUCAUCAUGUCUCUUACUCUCAAUCGAACCCAGCACGAUGCUGUCCUACAGUACUGCCUGGACAACCUGGAGAGAUGGUUCAAGGUCAUCAUGCUGGUUGAUGAAUUUGACCUCUCGUUGGCUAUGAUGGAGCAUGCGUACAAAUUACCAUUUCAUGAAUUAUGCAGCGGGAGUCGUGUCAACAUUGGGUCUUACGAUAAGCAAAGGAACGCGACUGACUCCUUAAGACGGAACAGUGCAAACUCAUCUAUUCCUGAUACCGUCUUGAAUCAGUUACGGGAGCUUGAGGCAGACCCAGAAGUUCGGGAUGCACUCCGAGCUGACGUUAUGAUAUAUCGGAAAGGUGUCGAGAUCUUUGAGAAACAAAAAGACACAUUUAUGAAAAUGAAUAGAGUUGGUACCGUAGAUUGAUGUUGGUAUACGAAUUCAUUAGCGGCACGUGGACUUCAUUUUUGAAGUUACACUUUUAAAGAAACAACAGACUACAGAUUAAUAACCAUAAGCCCUAUACCAUUGUCCAGAGAUACCCAAUUGCGAAUCUAUCAACCAGGGCGGAUUUGGGGUGGGGAUGCUCUUUUGGCGUCAAACAUCUUUCUUUCUGGGGGGGGGGGGGAUAGGGGCGUACUGCAAGCCUUUGAAAAAGAUUUUUAUUUGGGGCGCAAAGAGAUCCGCCGUGAAAGCAGACUAGCUCCCGGUCCAACCAUUAUAUGGACACUGACUGUAUGCGGUGAGAACCAGCCUACCCACGAGAACAGAUAUAUUGUCGGUCCGCCAUUAAUUCGACAUGUACAAAGUUAUGAUUGAAUAACUUAACGUGGGCCUUUUUUUCUGUUAAUAUCACAUUCAAAAGUGAAUAAAAUUCAUGCACUAGAAAAAUAGUAAUUUUAGAAAAGGAAUAUUAUUUUGGGGGAUAAAACUCGAAAAUGGGGCUGGUAAUGCAACUUUAAUGGGAUGCAACUUUUCCUCGGAUCCGCAGAUUUCCUCGUUUUUUUACUUCUCAUGAAUGCCAUUACAAAUUUAAAACCACUUUACGAUGUCUAUUUAUAUUGGUUUAUCUCCAUUCAACUCGUGGCUCUCAGGCCAAAUUGCAAGAAUGUUACAAUAUAAAAACAUUAAAACAAUGAAAUGAAGAAAAAAAUGCACACACUGGAAUUAAGGAAGAUUAAUUGUCUUUAUGUGGUUUGGAAUUUCCUUCUUUUUUUCAAUUCCUACUUGUAUGUCAAAGACACCGCAACAUGGACUGAUACCGCACAGAUCGUUUAUUUUUACCCUUGCCACGAAGGAAACAUUGCAGUGCCCACGAGCUGACUUCGUCUCAAUCGCAGCCAACGUGUGAACAUUCAUCUUUAUUUACAGCGAAGAGCACAUCUCAUGAACAGUCUCAGCGGCGCUUCAAAUCGCGACGACGUCUCACGUAACCACCGAUUAUGACACCUUCGUGCCAUAAUAACACAUUCGUCAUUACAUAUUAACAAAUCAAUCUCGAAUCCCUUAAUAGCGUUCCCAUGGCUUCUUCUGUUUCUGAUGUUCUUUCUGUUUUCUUAUUAAUGAAAUAUCGUCGCCUUUUUUUCUUUUAUUAUUUUGUUCUGCUAUGCAUUCCACGAAUAAGCUUUGCUUUUGGGAGCAUGUAUCUAUUUAGCACCCUUUCACCCUAUCAGUUACAGUAUCAGUUACAAAUAGAAUUUUUUUUAACUGGUUUUGCUGUGGUAGGAUGGCUCUGUGGAGGUGUUAGUCACCUGUUCCAUCUUGCCACUCACUGGCUUAAUCCGUAAUCUGGCAUGAACUCUUUUUUUUAAAACUAUUUAUUGAAAUUGUAAAUUCUCUGUAUUUUUUAAUCUGUGAUUCUGUAUAUCUUGUAAUAUUUUUUUUAUAUCAGCCAGUGGAGAAGUGUAAUAAAACAAAUAAAAUAGAAUAGAAUAACUGUAGCAAAACAUGCCCGAUAUUCA